CCCGGGCUACGGUAGCCGUGUGGCACGGGGCACGGGUCCGACCGGGCAGCGCGGCGGGGCACGGGCCAGGCCGGCCGCCAUGGGCAACCUGUUCGGCCGUAAGAAGCAGAGCCGGGUCACGGAGCAGGACAAGGCGAUCCUGCAACUGAAGCAGCAGCGGGACAAGCUGAAGCAGUACCAGAAGAGGAUCACCCAGCAGCUGGAGCGGGAGCGGGAGAUCGCCCGGCAGCUCCUGCGUGACGGCAGGAAGGAACGGGCCAAGCUGCUGCUCAAGAAGAAGCGAUACCGGGAGCAGCUCCUGGACAAGACAGAAAACCAGAUCACCAGCCUGGAGACCAUGGUCCAGAGUAUUGAGUUCACCCAGAUUGAAAUGAAAGUGAUCGAGGGGCUGAAGAUUGGAAAUGAGUGUCUGAAUAAGAUGCACCAGGUGAUGUCCAUAGAGGAGGUGGAGCGGAUACUGGACGAGACGCAGGAGGCCGUGGACUACCAGAGGCAAAUAGAUGAGCUGUUGGCAGGAAGCUUCACUCAGGAGGAUGAAGAUGCUAUCCUGGAGGAGCUGGACGCCAUCACUCAGCUAACAGGAGCGCCGGGACUGAAGCAGGCUCCAGUGGAGGGGCCCCUGGGAGGCCUCUGCUCACUGGCCUCGGAACAGAUAGAGCUGCCAGCGGUUCCUUCAGAGCCCCUUCCUGAGAAGAUCCCAGAGAAAGUCCCCGUCAAAGCCAGGCCCAGGCAGGCGGAACUGGUGGCAGCCUCGUAACGCAGCCCUCUCGCGUGGGACUCUCGGGACUUCGGAGGACUGGGGCCCGCAGUUUGGGUGCGUGGCCAGCCCUGACCGGGCCCCCAGGAGGCGGGCGCCGGGCCAGGCGGGCCGGGUGCUGACGGAGCGCGCAGCACGCACAGGGCUCCCGGUCGGGCUGACUCUGUGGAGCACUGCCCUGGCACUGCUGUCCUGCUCUCAUUUCUGGAUUAAAUGGCAACAUUCAGAUCCUCCAGCCAAAGG